AUGCAGCUUUCCGACUUGCCUAUUGAACUACUCGUCAGAGUCCUCCCAAUAGAGGAUUAUCUUCUAGACUUGCCGAAUGAGAUCAUCAUUCCUUGGUUGAAUUUGUUGCCCCAGGUGGAACUGUUUAGAAUUUUAGGGGAUAGUGGAUGUGGUAUAAUGCUUACCAAAGAACGUCCGAAAGCAUACACCACCAUAUCAGGUAAGAUAUGCACCAAAUAUGGAAAUUGUUUUGAAGAAGUAGACGCUGCUCUUCAAAAAGUAUUUGAAAAAUUUGCCUACAAGAUCUUUAUCAUAGCUGGACAACCUAUUGAAGCCAAAUAUUACAAGAAGUAUAUAAUAUUUGACUUUGAAACAGUGAGGCAUUUGAUUUGUGAAUACUAUCCUUUACUGAGCUGUCUUCAAAUUUGGACAGGGUGUGAUCUACGAGUUGUUGAUCUUUGUAUUCCUUAUUUUGUGUGGAAUGAGUAUGAGAAUAUAAAAAAAUUGAGUGUUUUCCACCCUUCAAGGUUUCAUGUGGCUCCCGAAUUAAUAAAGUUUUCCAACUCUUGGUUUAACGACAAUGAACUAUUGAAUCAAUGGGCAAUACUUAGCUGCUGCCAAGAUUGGGAGCAGUGUAUUGAAAACUUGGAGAUAACCAUGUCUGUUGAUGAAUUUAUUGAAAUGAAAAACAAUGUUUCAUAUAUGCUUAACCUUUUACAACCUAAAGAGGUGAGGAUACACUUGAAUUUGGUUGAAAACAGAGCAGGAGGCGAAGAAAGCACAAAACAUCCAACUGAUUUUCCUAUUGAAUGGAUCACUGAUUUGCUCGUUGUAAAUAAGGUUCAGAUAUUUACUUUGCAUUAUUUUGAAUCCCACACUACAUUUAAUGCCCUUGGAAAAUUACUUCGAGAGAUGCCCCUACUUUUGGAGCUCGAUCUAAGCUUUGGAAAGUUGGACCUAGAGAAUGUUGCAGGGUUGGUGCCAUUCAGAAAGAAUGACUGCCACAUUCAAGUCAAGGUUGACAAAAGCUUCUUUGAUACGUACCAGUUCCGGUAUAACAAAUCAGUUUGGAAGAUAGAUAUCGAGGACACGUUUGUUGAAGCUAGGUAUGUUAAAAGGGCAUUUGGACGUGACUCUACUGCGGAACCGUUAACCUUUGCACGAUGCAUUGGUCUUUGGUUGGAGUAUCGAAGACGGAAAAGAAAACAGCGAAGGGGUACAUCAGUUAAGCAUGCUAGAGGGUGCAAAGACGUAGCGGAAUAG